AUGGGCAGGGCGACCAGGUGGCUGCGGAGCCUCUGGACGGGGAAGAAAGAAGGGAAGGACCCCAAGCGCAGCAAGUCCGGCGACGUCGCCGGCGCCGGCGCCCGAGGGGAUGAUGGGAGGCACUUCUUCUACGCAGAGGAGAGAGAGAAACAGCGGAGCAGUCGAGCCAUGGCGGUCGCGGCAGCGACGGCCGCCGCCACCGACGCGGCAGUGGCCGCCGCACAGGCGGCGCUGGCGGUAGUGCGGCUGGCCAGCCACCGGAGGAGCACCGUCUUCUUCUCCGGCACCGGCGAGCAGUGGGCCGCCGUGACGAUACAGACGGCCUUCAGGGGUUAUCUGGUAACAUCCUCUCAGCCAUGGCAGCUGCCCAUCCUUCGCAUCUUCUUUCUCUGAAAUGAGCGGUUGAGACCUCCAUUGACGCAGGCGAGGAAGGCUCUCCGAGCUCUGAGGGCGCUGGUGAAGCUUCAGGCCCUGGUUCGCGGCUACCUCGUCCGGCGGCAGGCGGCAGCGGCGCUCCGCGGCAUCCAGGCCCUCCUCAGAGCCCAGGCCAAAGCCCGGGAGCGGAGGAGGCUCUCCGGCGAUGUCGCCGCCGGCGGGUCUUCCCGGUGGUCGACCAACGGGAGGCUUUCUCAGAGAUCUCCGUCCUGCUCGGUGCUGCCGCUCCACGGCCGGCGACCGACGGCGCCGCCGGAGCAGGCCAUCGCCGGAGUCGAUGACAGCCCCAAGAUCGUGGAGAUCGACCCAGGCACACCCAGGUGGAGCUUCCUCCUCCACCGCCGCCGCCUGGUGGCCUCCUCGUCCGACUCCGGCGACGAGAAACCGUCGGACUUCUCGUCGCCGCUCCUCCGCCGCCGCCCACCGGACUGGUGCCUCGCCAGCGACGAGUGCCGCUCCGCCACCGCCCACAGCACCCCCCGCCUCCUGAAACCCGCCGCCGUCGCCGCCACCGGGAGCAGGAGGGAGCACCACCACCGGAGCUACAUGGCCAAGACGCAGUCUUUCGAGGCGAAGGUGCGGUCACAGAGCGCCCCCAAGCAGCGGCCGGAGCCACCGGCGGCAGCGGCCCCGAUGAAGCGCCUCUCGGUUAGCGACGCCGUGCAGUCGAGGCUCGCAGGCAGCGGCGGAGAUGUGGGGGCGGAGUACUAUUGGUCCCGGAGGAGAUUGUGA